AAAAAGAUGCAUAUAAAGAGCACAGCAGUGUGUUGUUUUACAGGAUUUGAUGCCUUUUUAGUUGAAUCAUCAGACUCCAGGAAGAAAGCGCUCGCUGUGUCCGGGUCUCCAGAAUGAUGAAACUCAGCAUUUUCCUUCUGCUCCUCAUCCUGGGGAUAUGCUCGGCUUACACUUAUCAAAAUGUGGCCUUGCGUGGAAAAGCGACACAGUCAGACCGCUAUGAGCACAUGUUUGGAUCUGCCUACAGCGCCAUCGAUGGAAACCGUGACUCCACUUUCGCGGCCGGUUCGUGCACCCACACUGAUGAACAGACUGACCCCUGGUGGAGAGUGGACCUGCUGGACUCCUACAUCGUCACCUCCAUCACCAUCACCAACAGAGGAGACUGCUGUGAACACAGGAUCAACGGGCUGCAGAUCCACAUAGGAAACUCUUUAGAUGAAAAUGGUACAGCAAACCCGAUGGUUGGCACAAUUUCUGAAAUGGCUGCAGGCGACUCAUUCACUCUGACUUUCACUGAUCGUGUAGAGGGACGUUAUGUGACUUUGAUUCUACCUGGGUCAAAAAAGAUUCUUACACUCUGCGAAGUGGAAGUCUAUGGUUACCGUGCCCCAACUGGUGAGAACCUGGCAAUCCGAGGAAAAGCAUCACAGUCAUCACUGCAUUCAUUUGGCAUAGCAUAUAAUGCCAUAGAUGGAAAUCAUGCCAGCAAGUGGGAAGAGGCGUCGUGCACUCACACAAACAAUGACAUCAGUCCCUGGUGGCGACUAGACCUGGGGAAAACACACAAAGUGUUUUCUGUUAAGAUAACCAACAGAGAUGAUUCCUCAGAACGACUUGAUGGAGCUGAGAUCCUCAUUGGAGAUUCUCUCUCUAACAAUGGCAACAACAAUACCAGGUGCGCUGUGAUUACAAACAUCCCUGCUGAUGGUGUCUCUGAUUUCAAGUGCAACGGGAUGGACGGUCGCUAUGUUAACAUAGUUAUCCCAGACAAAGAAGAGUUCCUAAGCCUGUGUGAGGUGGAGGUUUAUGGAUACCGUGCCCCAACUGGAGAGAAUCUGGCAGUCCAAGGAAAAGCCACACAGUCAUCAUUGUAUUCAUUUGUAUUCAUUUUCCUGGGGAAAACCCAUAAGGUGUUUUCUGUUAAGAUAACCAACAGAGAUGCACAAUCACAUCGACUCAAUGGAGCUGAGAUCCGCAUUGGAGAUUCUCUUGAAAACAAUGGCAACAACAAUCCCAGGUGUGCUGUGAUCACAAACAUCCCAGCAAGUGCUGCUGUUGAAUUCCAGUGUAACGGGAUGGAUGGUCGUUACAUUAACAUAGUCAUCCUUGGAAGACGUGAGUACCUGACCCUGUGCGAGGUGGAGGUGUAUGGCUCUAGACUGGAUUAG